AAGCCGUUUGCUCUUUUUCUUCCCACUUUCCUUAAUAAAGCUUUAACGUUUCAACUCAUAAUAUAAUUUCUGCUGACCAAGUUUUUUGUUUCUUUUUAGUCAAUUUUCUCAACCCCAUUUUCCCUUUGAGCUGUAAGAAUGUUUCUUUAUUUUUUUCUGAUAUUUUUCUGUCAACUCUAAAUCCCUUUGAAUUUUCUUGAAAAUUAAUAUAUUUUUCCAUUUUGUUCCAAUAAAAAUCUUGUUGUUCUUGUUUUAUUCUUGAUUUUUGCACCCUUUUUAGUUUUAUCAACUUCUAUUUGCUAGAUUAAAAAAAAAUAUUCAAUCUUUUGUCAACUCUAAAUUCCUUUGUAUUUUCUUGAAAAUUGGAAAAAAGGGUAAAAAAUCUAAUCUUGUUGAAUAUCCCUCUGGGGUUUUUGUUUGAUUCUUGAUUUUGACACCCUUUUUAGUUUUAUUAACUUCAGUUUCAGUUCUGUCAGCAAAAAAAUUAAUCUUUUUUUCAUUUUGGUAUAAUUAAAAUCUAAUCUUGUUGAAUAUCCAUCUGAGGUUGUUGUUUGAUUCUUGAUUUUGACACCCUUUUUGGUUUUUUAAAUUUAGUGUUAAGUAUUUUGAGCUACUAUUUGCUAGAUCUGCUUUAAUGGGUAUCUGUGUAAGUAAAAGUAAACCAAAUGCUAAUAAUGGGCACCGUGGAUCAAGUGGAGUUCAUAGUAAUGGACCUCAUAGAACUGAAAUUCAGUACACUAAAUCUCCAGGCCCUGAAGCUCAAUUGCCUGUGAGGCCACCACCAAGUCCAAAACCAGCUGUAAGGUAUGAUACAAUUCUUGGUAAGCCAUAUGAAGAUGUUAGGUUGCAUUAUACUCUUGGUAAAGAAUUGGGUAGGGGUCAAUUUGGUGUUACAUAUCUUUGUACUGAAAUUGCAACUGGUCAACAAUAUGCUUGUAAAUCGAUAUCGAAAAGAAAGCUUGUUACUAAGGCUGAUAAGGAUGAUAUGAGGAGGGAGAUUAAGAUUAUGCAACAUUUGAGUGGACAGCCUAAUAUUGUUGAGUUUAAAGGUGCUUAUGAGGAUAAGGGUUCUGUUUAUCUUGUUAUGGAGUUGUGUGGAGGGGGAGAGCUAUUCGAUCGGAUUAUAGCAAAGGGGCAUUACAGUGAAAGAGCUGCUGCAACAAUGUGUAGAGCUAUUGUCAAUGUCGUGCACGUAUGCAAUUUUAUGGGCGUGUUGCAUCGUGAUCUCAAGCCUGAAAACUUUUUGCUGUCUGAUAAGAGUGAAAAUGCUGCUCUAAAGAUUACUGAUUUUGGGCUGUCAGUAUUCAUUCAAGAAGGUAAGCUGUACAAGGAUAUAGUUGGGAGUGCUUACUAUGUUGCCCCUGAGGUGUUAAAGAGGUGUUACGGCAAGGAGAUAGACAUUUGGAGUGCAGGUGUUAUGCUUUAUAUACUACUCAGUGGUGUCCCUCCCUUUUGGGCAGAAACCGAAAAGGGUAUAUUUGAUGCCAUACUUAAAGGGAACAUUGACUUUGAAAGCGAACCUUGGCCCUCUGUAUCUAGUAGUGCCAAGGACCUAGUACAGAAGAUGCUGACUAAAGAUCCAAAGAAACGGAUUACAGCUGCACAGGUUCUUGAGCAUGCUUGGCUGAAGGAAGGUGGUGUUGCAUCGGACAAACCAUUAGAGGGUGCUGUCCUGUCAAGAAUGAAGCAAUUCAGAGCUAUGAACAAGCUCAAGAAACUUGCUUUGAAGGUCAUUGCCGAGAAUCUCUCUGCAGAAGAAAUUCACGGGCUCAAAGCAAUGUUCAACAAUAUUGAUACUGAUAAUAGCGGCAGUAUCACUUACGAAGAGCUGAAGAAUGGAUUGGCUAAACUUGGGUCAAAGCUCACCGAGGCUGAAGUCAAGCAAUUGAUGGAAGCUGCCGAUGUGGAUGGAAAUGGCUCAAUUGACUACACUGAGUUCAUCACCGCCACCAUGCAUAAGCACAGGCUAGAAAGAGAUGAAAAUCUCUUUACUGCAUUCCAGUAUUUCGAUAAAGAUCGCAGUGGGUUCAUUACAAGAGAUGAACUCGAGACAGCUAUGCAAGAGCAUGGAAUAGGUGAUCCAUCCUGUAUAAGGGAAAUCAUAUCUGAAGUGGACACGGACAAUGAUGGAAGAAUCAACUAUGACGAAUUCUGCACAAUGAUGAGAAGUGGAGCUAAGCAGCCAGGCAAGCUCUUCUAGUUGCACGAGUCUCCUCGCGGGCAAGUUGCAGAAGAGCUAUUCUUGAAAAUAUGAACCAUGAGCUCUUCUAUUGCUUCCAUUAGAACCGUCAGGCAUGCAUCUGUAUGCAUAAGAAACUAUUGCUAGUUGAGAUGUUUUCAUCGUUCUCCAGUAGAAAAUAUGUACAUUUGUGAUCUUCUCCGUUCAAGACAGUCUUUGCUGAGUGUUUCUAUUUGUCCUGUGGCGCGGUCUUUCCUCCUCCCAUGUGUAAACCGCAUCCGUUUGGGACUUGUCAGGCGUUGAUUUAGGCCACUAAGUAUUUCAGUUGUCGAAGAUUUCAUCACAUUUUAUGUUAUAAAUAAGUUGUGUGUUCAUUUUA